AUGCAGUCUCUUCUUCUCGAAAGGAAGACUGGGCGGCUCCGGCCCAGCGACUUUGCCGUCACCGUCACCGAGUCUCUAUACAGCACGCUCCGGCCCGUGAGCCCCAACGUUUUCCCCGACAACUGCCACCACAACGCGGCCGUGAACUCCCUCGCCGUCGAGAGCUCAGAGCACAGGUACAUGCUCAGCGGCUGCGGCGACUCCAGCAUCAAAAUCUGGGACUUGCGUGGGGAACGGUCCCCCGAGGCAGGCCGGGCGGAGGAGCUCCGGGAGGGCUCCUUGGCGGAGGCAGAACAAGCCUUUCCCCGCGGCCUUCCCCCCGCAGACUCCACGGCUAAACCCGGCGGCCGGCUUGUGCCCAUUGCGGCCAUCCCGCGCCGCGCCGCACACCAGUUCGGCGUGUCGGCAGUGGAAUGGUGGCCGCGCGACACGGGCAUGUUCCUUUCCGCGUCUUUCGACCACACCGUGAAGGUGUGGGACACCAACGAGGUGGCCGUCGUGCACACGUUCGACUUGGCCAGCCGCGUGUACGCGCUCAGUGUGUCCGCGCACCGCAGCAACGCAUACUCGUCGCAGGCAAUGAUCGCCGUGGCCAGCGACCAGCCGUCCGUGCGGCUCUUGGACCUCCGCACGGCGUCCAGCGCACACACGCUCGCGGGCCACCGCGGCAAGACGUUGGCGGUGGGCUGGCACCCGCACAACCCGUACAUGCUCGCGCUGGGCGGGCACGACGGCGAGGCCAAAGUGUGGGACAUCCGCCGGAGCAAGAGCUGCGUGGCGCGGCUCGACAUGACCAAGACCGGCGUGCGCAGCGCGGCCGCGGACCGGCUCAACGUGGGCUCCUCGUCGGUGAAGGCGCACCUGGGGCCCGUCAACGCCUUGGCGUGGGACGAGCUAGGCCACGUGCUCUACACUGCAGGCAACGACGACAAGAUCCGGGUGUGGGACAUGGUCUCCAGCCACGCGCCGCCCGUCAACAAGCUUGUGAACUUCGGGCCCUUGACGCGAAACAAGUACCUCCAGACCCUUCCGCUCGUGCUCGGCCCGAGGCGCGAGACCGAGGUCCAGCAUCUACACGUCGCCUCGGACAACGGCGACGUGCUAGUGUUCAGGGCCUUAGACGGCAAGAACGGGCCGGGGGGCUCCUCGCGCACGGCGUCAAUAGCCUACGGCCACCCGUAUUCGGCCACCUACUACUGCGGCACCAUGGACGGCGAGAUUGUGCCUUGGCGCGAGAAAUGGGACAGGAGACAAAUGAGACAAAUUAGAGAAAUGAGAGAAAUUAGAGAAAUUAGAGAAACGAGACAGGGGACAAAUGAGGCAAACUAA